CACAAGAAGAGAUACAAUUGAUGAUUUAUUAAAAUGAAAGGGAUUAUGAAGAGGUUUGAGAGUAGAAUACUGGUGAUAAGAAGGUCUUGAGUCCUGUGUAAAAGGAGUAACGAUUAUACACUGAACCUCAAGGAGACUCAAUUGACAUGGGCAGCUAUCAGAUUGCUAUAUAUCAGUCUCAAUGGAUCUACAACUGUCUCAAGGGACCCGAGGGGUUAAUGAUUCACCAGCACAGCGAUGAGCAUGCCCUACUUGAGGUUCAUCUUGCUCCAGAGAUAAAUGUCCUUGUUUUGUUGGGGACUUUGAUUGAUGAAACCGUGGAUUCCCGAAUCGAGCGGAACCUGAUGGGGAACUCUGCAGGAUUUAAAAAGCGAAGAAAAGCUGAAGGGACAGUAGGAAAUGGGCCCUACAGUUCUACUACAAAUGAUUGCAGAGAGAGAGCAACCGAUCCUGGUCGUACUUGCAAGCUCUACGAUCUGCCUACAUCUUUGAACUUGAGCAGAGAAUACAGAUUAGCUGGAGUCGUCUCAUACGAUGCGACCUAUGAUCAUUCCGUGGCCUACUGUUGCCGUCGUACUGCAACGUGGGAGUACCAUGAUGGACUACUCAGUAAAGUAAAAUCCUGUGAAAGGAAAUCCGGUGAUACAACCUGAAUGUGCCUUGUAUCUGAUUAAUCAGUGAGCAGGAACGUUCACUACGCUCAACAUUUCAGUUUUCUGUGUCGCCAAAGCUAGUUUUUUAUUUUAAGUAUAUUAGUUAUAAUAUGAUUCUUAUCGAAUGUUAUUUGUUUAAAUAAACAUUUUAUUGAAAAAAUUCA